UAGGGGUUUCUCAGGGUAUAAAACCGCAAAACAGUUAUUUUCAGAGCAGUUUCUACACGUCUUCAGUUCUUCUUGCAACAUUCACAUACCUGGACAUUACUUUUGGUUAACUUGGCCUAUGUUGAAAUUUAAUCGUGAUAGCAAGCAUUAUGUUUCGUAUUGCCCUAGUCGCAACAUGCAUCACAGCUGUCUUAGCAGAACCACCGUCUAGCUACACAAGUGGAGGCUAUGGAGGUGGCAGCAGUAGUGGGAGUCAUGGAGGCUACGACUACAGCAGUAGUUCUGGAGGAGCUGGCUAUGACUUUGGUGGAGGCGGUGGUCACGGAUCUGACCUAGGAUCCGAUGGCGAUUUUGCUAGCUACUCCGGAAGUAUUGGACAUGGCAGUGUCAGCAGUCAUGAUAGCUUUGGCGGCGGAUAUUCAUCUGGAGGAUAUUCAUCCGGAGGUCAUGGAGGUGGUUCUGGGGGUUUAGUCGGCAUCGAAAGUUCUUAUUCUGCCGCCGGUGGUAGUCAUGGGGGAUCGGGUGCCCAGGGAUAUCUGGGAGAGGGAGGACACUCUGGAUCAGGUUUUAGCGGAUAUUCUGGAGGAGAUGGUGGCUCAAGUUACGGGGGAUACUCAAUUGGAGGCCCUGGUUUUGAAGGAUAUAGCAGCAGCAGUGGGGCUAAAGGUCAUGGGGGAUCUAGUUUUGGUGGAAAAGGAUAUUCCAGUGGAGGACAUUUCUCUGGGCCAAGUGUAAGCAGUUAUUCAUCAGGGGGGUACAAGAGUGCAUCAAGUCUAGGGGCAAGCCACGGAUUGAGCAGUCAUUCUCUAGGGGGUGGAGUUGGAUAUCCAUCUAGCUUCUCAUCUGGUCCUAGUAUAAGUUAUUUAUCUGGGAGCAACGGAGGUGGUGGAUACUCUUCCGGAAGUCAUGGAAGUCACGGACAUGGAGGAAGUGGAUACUUCUCAGGGGGCCGUGGUGGGAAUACUGGAAAGAUCAUUUUCAUUAAAUCCUCUGGAGGAAGUGGAGGUGAAAGUUAUUCUGGUGGCCCCAGUCAUUCCAGCAUUCCCAGUCACUUCAGUGGUUCCAGCUACUCUGGUGGGCCAAGUUAUUCCAGUGGCACAUUUGGAGGAGGUAGCUCAGGAGGGGCUGGAUACAAAGGAAAAAUUACCAGUUUUGGCAAAGGAUAUCCAGGACAUUCGAGUUUUUCGUCAGGCCCAAGCUUUGGCAGUAGUCAUGGCGGAUUCUCUGGCAGCUCUAGUAUUGGCGGUGGCUACUCCCUUGGAGGCUCUGGUGGGCAUUCCAGUGGUUAUUCCUCUGGAAGUGGUCACAGCAGUUCCUUCUCAGGGUAUCCUUGAUUAUUGAAUAUGAAAGAGAUCUAAGUUCAUACGAGAAUAGAAGCAUUGUUAGAUUUGUAAAUAUUUAUUUUUUGAAUCAACUCUGUACGUGUAAGCACAUAUAUUUUUGUAUUAUCCUUGUUUGUAAUAAAUUACAUUUUAAAAAAUGAA